AUGCCUCUCCAACUAACCGUCAAGAAAAUCGACGGUAAACCCGGCCAGGUUUACUACCCCCUCCAACUAAACACCAUCCCCAAACCGACCCCCGGGCCCGGCGAGCUUCUCGUCCGCCUCCGGUCCUGCGCCCUCAACCACCGCGACCUCUUCAUCCGCCAACACCUCUACCCCGGCAUCUCCUUCGACCGCCCCUUCCUCGCCGACGGCUACGGCGUCGUCGAGUCCGCUGGCCCCAGCGUCUCCCCCUCUGCGUCCAGCCUCGUCGGCAAACCCGUCCUCAUCACACCCAGCCGCGGAUGGAUUUCCUCCCCUGACGGGCCCGACGACCCGAACCAGCCUUUCACGGUCGUCGGGGCGUCGCAGUUGACGGACGCGGGCACGGCGCAAGAGUACAUCGUUGUUCCCGAGGCGGAAGCAGUGAGCGCGCCGGAGCAUUUAAGCGCCGCUGAGGGCGCGGCGUUGCCGCUUGUGGGACUGACGGGUUGGAGGGCCUUGGUGACCAAGGCGCAGGCUAAGCCGGGGCAGAAUAUUUUAGUGACGGGUAUUGGUGGUGGUGUUGCAUUGCAGGUACUGCAGUUCGCUGUGGCGAUGGGGUGUAACGUCUUUGUCACUUCGGGUAACGCUGAAAAGAUUGAGAAGGCGAAGAAAAUGGGGGCUAGGGGCGGGGUUAUUUAUAAAGAGAAGGAUUGGGAUAAGCAGCUGCUUAAACAGUUACCUGAGGACAGACCGUAUCUGGAUGCGGUGGUGGAUGGAGCGGGUGGGGAUGUAGUGGCGCGGAGUGUGAAGCUGCUGAAGAGUGGAGGGGUGAUUAGUAGUUAUGGGAUGACGGUGAGCCCGAAGAUGGAUUGGCUGAUGCAGGCUGUGCUCAAAAAUGUGGAGUUGAAGGGGUCGACGAUGGGGAGCAGGAAGGAGCUUGAGGAGAUGGUGGCGUUUGUGAGGGAGAAGGGGAUCAGGCCGGUGGUGAGCAAGGUGGUGAGGGGGUUGGAUAAUUUGCAGGGGAUUGAUGAGUUGUUUGAGGAGAUGAAGGAGGGGAAGCAGUUUGGGAAGUUGGUGGUGUUGAUUGAUGGGAAGGACAAGGAGAGUAAGUUGUGAACACCACUGGCCGAGGAGAUAUGUCAUGAGAGGAAGGAGGUGUUGGACCAGAGAGCUGAUGAUAAUCUCAGUAGACCACUGAAAUACCAAAAAGCACGACAUCCAUCCCAUGCCCCUUUUUCCCAUACGUCCGUCCUUCUUGUGCGAGAAGCAGAAAAUCACCAAAAAAAAGAAAAACCCCGAGACAAAAACAUUAGAAAAUAGAAUCCCAUCUCACCACACACCUCCGAGCUUUUGGACGAGCUGGGAAUCGAACCCAGGACCUUUCGCAUACAGGUGAGUAUGCUAAGCGAACGCUCUACCAACUGAGCCACACGCCCUUAAAGGAGAAAGUGGAGAUGAAAGUGAUCAGGGAAUUGGACGAGCUGGGAA